UCCCCAAAUUGCGCUCUCUGGCUCCUGAAGCCUCAGCAGAGACAGCUGGGCUCCACGGUGAGUUGGAGGCGACCGAGCCCAGCCUGAGACCAAGUCGCCGUGGACCGCUGCCCCCUAGGACCCCUCCCGCCCCCACCUCUGCCAUGGCCCCAGGGAUGUCGGGCCGCCACGGCGCCGCCCUGCUCUGCCUCUCCGCGCUGCUCGCCCACGCUGCCAGCCGCUCCCACCCGGCCAGCCCCAGCCCCGCAGGACCGCAGGCCAGCCCCGUGCUGCCUGUCAGCUACCGCCUGUCGCACACGCGGCUAGCCUUCUUCCUGAAGGAGGCGCGGCCCCCGCCGCCAGCCGCAAUCAACGGCUCCCUGCAGCGCUCAGAGCCCUUCGUGGUGUUCCAGACCAAGGAGCUGCCGGUCCUCAACGUGUCCCUGGGGCCCUUCAGCACCAGCCAAGUGGUGGUGCGGGAACUUCUGCAGCCGUCCAGCACCCUGGACAUCCCCGAGCGCCUGACGGUCAACUGGAAGGUGCGCGCCUUCAUCGUGCGCCCCCGCGUGCCCGUCUCGCAGCCCGUGGCACAGGUGCUCUUCUAUGUGGCCGGCCGCGACUGGGACGACUUCGGGGUCACCGAGCGGCUGCCCUGUGUCCGCCUGCACGCUUUCCGCGACGCACGCGAGGUGCGGAGCUCGUGUCGCCUUGGCGGGGCCUUAGCCACCUGCUUGGUGCGUGCCGAGCUUCCCCUGGCCUGGUUCGGACCCCCAGCCCCAGCCGCGCCGGCCAGCGCUCGCCGCAAGUCCCCCGACGGACUGGAGCCGGAGGCGGCGGCUGAGAGCCAGCAGGUAGAACUCUACUACACGCUGCACGCCCCCGAUGCAGCGGGCGGCUGCGGGAGCGCGCGGCGCGGCCCCGGGCCCGGAGCGGCGGCGCGCGCCGAAAGCCCCACGCAGCACCCGCUGCUGCGCAUAGGCAGCAUCAGCCUGUUCCGGCCGCCGCCGCGUAGGGCGGUUCAGGAGCAUAGGCUGGACAGCAACCUGAUGAUCCGACUGCCUGAUAGGCCGCUCAGGCCCGGCGAGGUGCUCAGCAUCCUCCUCUACCUGGCACCCAACUCCUCCUCAGCUGCCAACCCCAGCGUGGAGCACUUCACACUCAGGGUGAAGGCUAAGAAGGGAGUGACCCUCCUAGGCACCAAGUCUCGAAGUGGCCAGUGGCAUGUGACCUCAGAGCUGCUGACUGGGGCAAAGCAUUCCACAGCCACUGUGGAUGUGGCCUGGGCCCAGGGCACACCCCUACCCCCCUGGGAGGGUCAGGGACCCCUGGAGAUCUUGCAGCUGGACUUUGAGAUGGAGAACUUCACCAGCCAGUCCGUGAAGCGGAGAAUCAUGUGGCACAUCGAUUACCGAGGCCACAGUGCCGUGACUGACCUGGAGCGAGUUGUCACCGAACUGACGGUCAUCCAGAGAGAUGUGCAGGCCAUCCUGCCCCUGGCCAUGGACACAGAGAUCAUCAACACUGCCAUCCUGACAGGCCGGACUGUGGCCAUUCCCGUCAAGGUCAUCGCCAUUGAGGUGACUGGCCUCGUCCUGGAUGUUUCUGCCCUGGUGGAGUGCCAGUCUGACAAUGAGGACAUCAUCAAGGUAUCCAGCAGCUGUGACUAUGUGUUUGUGAGCGGGAAGGAGUCUCGAGGGUCCAUGAACGCCAGAGUCACCUUCCGCUAUGAUGUCCUCAGUGCCCCCCUGGAAAUGACAGUCUGGGUCCCCAAGCUACCUCUGCACAUCGAGCUCUCAGAUGCUCGCCUCAGCCAAGUGAAGGGAUGGAGGGUACCUAUCCUUCCCGACCGCAGGUCAGCUCGGGAGAGCGAGGAUGAGGAGGAAGAGGAAGAGGAACGGAGACAGAGUGCCAGCCGAGGCUGCACGCUGCAGUACCAGCACGCCACCCUGCAGGUCUUCACCCAGUUCCACACGACAUCGUCUGAGGGCACCGACCAGGUGGUCACCAUGCUAGGUCCAGACUGGCUGGUGGAGGUCACUGACCUGGUCAGUGACUUCAUGCGGGUGGGUGACCCCCGAGUGGCCCACUUGGUGGACAGCAGCACACUGGCAGGACUGGAGCCAGGCACCACCCCCUUUAAGGUUGUGUCCCCCCUGACUGAGGCUGUGCUGGGGGAGACGCUGCUGACAGUGACAGAAGAGAAGGUCAGUGUCACACAGCUGCAGGCCCAGGUGGUGGCCAGCCUCGCCUUGUCCCUGCGACCCAGCCCUGGGAGCAGCCAUACCAUCCUGGCCACCACGGCUGUGCAGCCCACCCUCAGCUUUGUUAAGCAGGAAGCCCUGCUGAGCCUGUGGCUCUCCUACAGUGAUGGAACCACGGCACCACUCUCUUUAUACAGUCCCCGGGACUACGGGCUUCUGGUGAGCAGCCUGGAUGAGCGGGUGGCCACUGUGACCCAAGACAAGGCUUUCCCACUGGUGGUGGCCGAGGCAGAGGGGUCAGGAGAUCUGCUCCGUGCGGAGCUCACCAUCUCGGAGAGCUGCCAGAAAACCAAGCGCAAGAGUGUGCUGGCCACUACCUAUGUGGGCCUGCGAGUACACUUUGGGCGGGAUGACGAGGAUCCCACGUAUGACUACCCGGGGCCCAGCCAGCCUGGGCCUGGUGGGGGCGAGGACGAGGCCCGAGGAGCCGGUCCACCAGGCACUGCCGUCCCCGCCGGUGAGGUUCCCGGAUUGGGCACUUCCGGCCCGGUGCCACCUACAGAGGACUUCUUACCACUGCCCACCGGCUUCCUGCAGAUGCCCCGGGGGCUGACGGACCUGGAGAUUGGUAUGUACGCACUGCUGGGGGUCUUCUGCCUCGCCAUCCUUGUCUUCCUCAUCAACUGCAUCGUGUUCGUGCUGCGAUACCGGCACAAGCGCAUCCCUCCUGAGGGCCAGACCAGCAUGGACCACUCUCAUCACUGGGUGUUCCUGGGCAAUGGGCAGCCACUGCGGGUGCAAGGUGAGCUGUCGCCGCCCGCGGGGAGCGCGCUGGAAACCGUGCCUGCCUGCUGCCACGGUGAUCACCACAGCAGUGGCAGUUCGCAGACCAGCGUCCAGAGCCAGGUGCACGGCCGUGGGGACGGCUCCUCCGGGGGCUCGGCCAGGGACCAGACGGAGGACCCUGCCAGCUCGCCCACCUCCAAGCGCAAGAGGGUCAAGUUCACGACCUUUACCACUCUGCCCUCGGAGGAGCUGGCCUAUGACUCAGUGCCUGCUGGCGAAGAGGAUGAGGAGGACGAAGAGGACCUGGGUUGGGGUUGUCCAGACGUGGCCGGAACCACGCGGCCCACUCCACCCCCGGACCUGCACAAUUACAUGCGCAGAAUCAAAGACAUUGCAUAGUGGUGGCCUGGGGUGGCAGGAUAUCCCCACACAUGCGAUGGCCUCUGGCUGGGACUCAGCCUGGACACAGGGACUCGGGGCAGCUGAGUGGAUUUUAUAGUCCCUUCCACCGCAGCUUUGGUCUGACCAGUUGUGGCCAGAUCCACCUUGAUCUUCUGCCCCCUGCAGGCGGAAGGCUCCUUCCAAACCCAGCGUGAAGCAGGGAGACAGUUCUGCCCUGUUCACUCUUUCCAAACCUCAUUCCAUCUUAGACGUCCCCACCGCCCCCAAGAUUGAGGCACCAAGGCCAAACUUGGGGCCAGGUGGGCCCACACUGUGCCCUGCCAUGCCUCUCACAUCCCCAGUGGUGCCCCCCUGUGCAGGGGACCCAAAUGGGGUCUUGUGUCACAGGCUGCACAAAGACUUUUUCUUAAACCGAUAUUCAGGGAUUUCUGUCCUGCAGGGUGGGAAGUGGUGGCUGCCUGCCUUGCCAAGGAUCUUGCUGCAGACAAAACAUUCGGGUGGGUAUUGGGGGAACAGUUGUGAUGUCUGCUGGUUCCUGGGUGUCUCCCAAGCCUGGAGCCGACUGCAGAGGGGUCCAGUGCAAAGUAGACACUUUCCCAUGGCUUCCUCUGCCCUUUAGCCUACGAGAGGGCCCCAGUGAGAGGGGUUUUCGUAUCUCUCUGGCCAAACCAUACCCACACAGCAAGCGCAGUCGGUGAUGUGCAGCCUGUCCCCACAGCAAGGUCAACACUACUGCGCCUUAGCCUGGGCUCUGCUCACUCCUGCUUCCCUCCACACCAAAGGGCAGGCAGCCACAGCCAGCGUCCCUGAGAUGGAGGAGGCCACCUGGGAGUACUGCAAGGGCCCAUUGGGUGGGUGAAGGCAGAGAAGAGCUGCUGUUGCUCUACGCCUUCCCCAUCCCCCCAGCCUCACCUCUUGGGUUCUACCCACCACUGUGUCAGUUUUUCAUAAAUAAACGGAAGGCAUCAGCCUAGCUCGGGGACAACAGCCCCCUUGCAAACAGACAGUGCACGGAGGCUGGCUGCAUCUAGUCCUUUUUAUGUUCGCCACAGAACAGCAUGGGGCAACACUGGCUACCUAAGGCUGGUGACCUGCUCCUCCUUCCCUACAUGAAGUGUCUCUUAAGAUACUUGGGUACCAUGGAGACACCCACAUUAUGUAACAAAAGAUCCACUGCCCUGGAAAGGUAGCCUUCAAAAAAAAUGGGUCUUCUCCAGGAGUCUUCAGUGAUCAACCCAGGAAGAAAGAGCUGGCCCCGAGACUGGCUCAGGAGAGAGGUCUUGUGGGUAGAAGGGGACAGAAAGGAAAGAUGUGUGACUUGAUGUGCCCCGCCAGAACUUCCCAGUUUCCUUUGUCUAGGGGGUGGACCUAGUCUCUCCUUAUAUUCACUAUGGCAGGAGUAUAGCCUUUCUUACCUGGAGGUCAGAUGGGAAAGCCUUGUUGACUAUGGAUCUCACUUGGAAUGGGCAGAGCCCCUCUGGGCUUGGGAACAUUGGCAGGGUCUCCUCAGGUCCUGAGAGACUACCCCAUAGCAUAGGCAGCAAGCCAGGCAGGGUCACUGAACUCAAAAGAUGCUGCCAGGGUGGCUGGCUAGCCUGUACACAUCUGGAGAGGGAAGGACCUGUGGCAGAGGACUGGGGAUGCACUAACAGCCAGGACAUUUUUCGACGCACCAUAGAAAGCCAGCUGGCUUUCAUGGCCACCUGUCCCACAACCCGGGCAGGGCUCUGUCUCGUGCCCACGGUAGUCAAUUCACCUAGCAGAUGUCACAGUGGAGAGAGUCUCAGUGAGUGGAUUUUUACCAGGACCAGAGUCCAACUUCUGAGGAAGGUGCGAUCUGAAUGGGGAGACUGGAAACUGACGUUACUGGAAACUUGGUUACCAUGUGUUUGACAACAGAGUCCAUGGCAAGAGAGAGCCACCCCAAAAGCUGAGUAGAGAGAGUGGGGCUCAAGCUCAGGUCAGAUUUCCUCUUCAGAACACAAACAUUUGGUGUGUCAGUCUACCUUAUCUAGCUCGUGGAGGACCCUGAGAGGAAUGUGGAAGUCUCCAUCACUUUUUUUUUUAACCCGUUGUGCCUAACGUUCUGCCUGGAGUUGGUAAGUGCUCAGCAAAUGUUUGCUGACUAAAUUAAAGUUCAAAUGUCAAUUCGG